CCCCCCCCCCCCCCCCCCCCUAAACACAUGCCCUUUUUAUAGUGUCAUCGCUUGAAAUUGCAGAAAUAUGCGGAACUGGAUUUGUUUAGUGUACAUUUAUUAUGUGUAGUCUCAGUAAAUUGGAAAACUUUGCUCCAUUUGUUUUUGGGUGUAAAAUGUUAUUUGGCAGAUGGGAUUGGGAAAAACGCUGCAAGCAAUCUCUCUUUUGAGCUACUUGAAGGUUUCACAAAAAUCUCCUGGUCCUUUUUUGGUAUUGUGUCCACUUAGUGUGACUGACUCUUGGAAGUCCGAGUUCGCAAACUUUGCUCCAAAGCUGAAUGUUAUCUGUUAUAUUGGGGAGAAAGAGCAUCGGCGCGACCUGCGUAGGAAAAUGCAUGAGCAUGUUACCAAGGAAUCACAGGUAUCCAAGACUUCAUCACUGCCUUUUGAUGUUCUUUUAACAACUUAUGACAUAGCAUUGGUUGAUCAAGAGUUUCUUUCCCAAGUUCCAUGGCAUUAUGCUAUAAUUGAUGAAGCACAAAGACUGAAGAAUACACACAGUGUCUUGUACAGUGUCCUGAAAGAACGGUUUUUGAUGCCAAGGAAAUUACUGAUGACUGGCACACCUAUACAAAACAACCUUUCUGAACUUUGGGCGUUGAUGCACUUUUGUAUGCCUUCAAUAUUUGGGACAUCAGAUCAGUUUCUCUCUGCAUUCAAGGAAGCAGGAGAUUCUUCAUGCGAUGAUGCAGGAAGAGCCAAGAGGCAACUCAAAAUAUUGAAAUAUAUACUGGGGGCUUUUAUGCUUAGAAGAACUAAAAGUCAACUCAUUGAAUCUGGAACUCUUGUACUCCCUUCUCUAACUGAGAUAACAGUGAUGGCACCUUUAGUUGAACUGCAGAAGGCGGUGUAUAUGUCAAUAUUGAGGAAGGAACUUCCCCAGUUGCUAGCUCUUUCUUCAGGAGGCUCAACUCGGUCAUUGCAGAAUAUUGUAAUACAGCUAAGAAAAGCAUGUAGUCACCCUUACCUUUUUCCUGGUAUUGAGCCUGAACCAUAUGAAGAGGGUGAGCACCUGGUGCUGGGUAGUGGCAAGCUUCUUCUUCUGGAUUGUCUACUUCAGAAGUUGCACGUUUCUGGACAUCGUGUUCUUCUUUUUGCCCAGAUGACCCACACUCUUGAUAUAUUGCAAGAUUACCUGGAGCUGAGAAAAUAUUCCUAUGUGCGCCUGGAUGGUUCUAUUCGGGCAGAGGAACGAUUUGCUGCAAUAAGAAGUUUUGGCCAGAGACUAUCCAAAGGAAGUUCAGAUUCAGAAGCUGAUCAGCAUGAAUCUUUUGUCUUUAUGAUUUCAACAAGAGCUGGAGGGGUCGGAUUGAAUCUCGCGGCUGCUGAUACAGUGAGUAUGGCACAACUUCAUUAUAUGCGAUUAUCAAAUUGAAUCUGAACUACAUUGUGUUAGUGACCUGGUAGAAUAAGAGUAAAUAAGAAGAGUAAUAGUUAGAGUAGUAUAAAUAGAAGGGGAGUUGGUAAUAAAAGGAGGCUGUUAUUUCAAUUGACUUUAGACUUGGAGAUUGGGCAUCUCGAAUGGUCCUGUACUGUUUUCCUUCUGUAAAUACUUCUCUCAUCAAUAAAGCUUUCUUGAUCAUCUUCUUGAUCUAUUCUUUACAAUUUCUGUAAGAUUUCUUAAUCAAAUUACCAGUGUUCAGUUUCGUGAAAGACUCCUGUAUUGCCGCCAAGGUCAUCGUAGUCUUCUCCAGCUUGUUCAUACGUAAAUCCAUUUGCACCUGAUUAAAGACCAAUCCACAGUGUCGACGUGCUCUGAUACUAAUGAUAGAACACUGGUAAUUUGAUUAAAAGAUCUUACAGAAAUUGUAAAGAAUAGAUCAAGAAGAUGAUCAAGAAAGCUUUAUUGAUGAGAGAUGUAUUUACAGAAGGAAAACAGUACAAGACCAUUCGAGAUGCCCAAUCUCCAAGUCUAAAGUCAACUGAAAUAACAGCCUCCUUUUAUUACCCACUCCCCUUCUAUGUAUACUACUCUAACUAUUACUCUUCUUAUUUACUCUUAUUCUACCGGGUCCCUAACACAUUGUAUUCGAUCAUAAUAACAUCAAAAGUAUUUAUUGAGCUGCUUCUGUUUUUUGUUCAAAAUUUUCAAUGGUCACUUUCAACGUUCCUCCUAGCGUCUUAACCUUCACAGAUUGAGAAAAGUUGUUCUCACAAUUCUAGGUUUCCUAUCACUGUGAUACUGAAGUGUGUUACAUUUGUUGUUUGGAUGAAAACCUUGAGCGAUCAGUGCAAAAUUGGGAUGGGAUCAAGACUGGUUAAGUAAUUGAUUAAUUAGUUACUACUUUAUAGGUCAUAUUUUAUGAGCAGGAUUGGAAUCCCCAGGUAGACAAGCAAGCUAUGCAGCGUGCUCACCGGAUUGGUCAAAUGAAUGAUGUUUUAUCCAUUCACUUAGUUACCAAGAGUACAGUGGAGGAGGUCAUCAUGCGAAGAGCAAAUAAAAAAUUGCAGCUGAGCCAUAAUAUCAUAGGUGAGGAUGUUACAGAUCGGGAUGUGAAAGAGAAUGGGAAAGAAAUUCCAGGAGCAGAUUAUGGUGAUUUACGAUCUAUUGUACUUGGCUUACACAUGCUAGAUCCCAUGAAGAUUAGCAAGGAAAACUCUGAUAAAGUGGAUAUGAGUGAGUUAAAUGCAAUGGCUGAAAAAGUAGUUCUGUUACGCAAGGAGCAACGUUUGGAUAAGUUUCAGAUGAAUUAUGCGGACAUACUUAACGGGAGUUAUUCUAUCACUGAGGGAGCAGAUUCUGUUCAUCUGGAUCCUGUUGUAGAUGAAAUUUCAUACCAAUCAUGGAUCGAAAAGUUCAAGGAAGUAUUGCAGGAAAAUAAUGCCACAACUAUGGAAACGGGAAGCAGGAGGAGGUUACUGGAGGAGAAUCAUUUAAAAGCUGAAGCUGCAAGGAAAAGGGCAGAGGAGAAAAAAAUUACCAAAUGGGAAGCUCUAGGUUAUCAUUCAUUGUCUGUGAAAGAUCCAGUUUGCCCUGAUGAUAAGGAUGGUAUAUCAGAUUGUGGUUCUGUCCAUUUCGUUUAUGGGGAUUGCACACUUCCCUUGAACGUGUGUCCAUCAGAGCCAACAGUUAUUUUCAGCUGCGUUGAUAACUCAGGAAACUGGGGACAUGGAGGAAUGUUUAAUGCACUAGCCAAACUUUCACCAAGUAUCUCGAAGGCAUACGCGCGAGCUUCUGAAUUUGGUGAUCUUCACUUAGGUGAUCUCCAUCUCAUAGAAAUUACAGAGGAUUGCAGUAGUAACAGUAUGUUACCUCAUACUCCCCAAUGGGUUGCUUUGGCUGUUGUGCAAUCAUACAAUCCGAAGAGAAAAGUCCCGAGGAGUAACAUAUCUAUCCCUGACCUAGAAGAGUGCCUACUGAAAGCAUCCCAUGUUGCUGCUCAGAAGUCUGCAUCAAUCCACAUGCCACGGAUUGGCUAUCAAGAUGGGAUUGACAGGUCAGUAUGGUACACCAUUGAGCGUCUCCUGCAGAAAUAUGCAGCCAUUUUCGGCAUAAAGUUUUAUGUGUAUUACUUUGGACGUUCUACACAAGCAUAGAGUACAAAUCACGCCUCUUUAUCCUUUAGAAUCUACAAUCCUUUAAAAUCUUUUAUGAAUCGAGUGUUGCUAGUAGUUAUGACGUGUGGGCUUAUGCACUGUUCGUGACCUGCUAACACGGUAUCUCGGUUUAAGAUAUUAUAGUGCUCAUUUGUCCUACUAUGUAUUUAAUUGGACUGCAAUUUUCUGGUCUGAUUUGAAUUGGCCUGAUAAAUGUCUGGUUUCUGUAUAUUUAAUAAAUAUUCAAGAUGGUAUGCUCGGGACUGAUCUAGUCUGGUGUAAUCUGAGACUGAAAACAGUCUAAAUAAAAUCAUCCUUGGUUAAAUA